GAGUUCAUACUGAAGUGCAGAGCAAGGGUUCCUGUUGCGUCAUCAGUGGUUCCUGUUGCGUCACCAGUGUUAUACUGUGCUGUAGUUGCUGUGCUUGGACUUUGCAUUUUUCUCGAUAAGUUGUUUACUCUUUCAGAGUUUUAAUCAACUUAUUUUGUAUCAGGAUGAACAUUCCGGCUAAGGUGUGUCUGAGUGAUUUUGAGGAAUAUGCCAAACAGCAUCUCUCCAAACCUGUCUGGGAUUAUUACUCCGCUGGAGCAGAUGAGUGCUACACCAGAGAUGACAACCUCCAGGCCUACAAAAGGAUCCGUCUAAGGCCUCGGAUCUUGCGGGACGUGUCCGUGACUGACACACAAUCUACCAUUUUGGGCACCGAGAUCAGCUUUCCUGUGGGAAUCGCACCCACUGCUUUCCACUGUCUGGCCUGGCCUGAGGGCGAGCUAGCCACUGCCAAGGCCACGGAAGUUGUGAACACCUGCUACAUUACCAGCACUUACUCCACGUGCUCGGUGGAGGAGAUUUGUGCAGUAGCUCCAAACGGCUACCGCUGGUUCCAGCUCUACGUGUACCGUGACCGCAAACUAUCGGAGCAGCUGGUGCACAGAGUGGAGGCGCUCGGCUACAAGGCCUUAGUGCUCACAGUCGACGUGCCAUACACUGGCAAACGUCGUGAUGACAUCCGCAACCAGUUUAAGCUCCCCCCUCACCUGAAAGUGAAGAACUUUGAUGGCAUGUUUCAGGACGCUGCAGAACCUGAAGAGUAUGGCGUUCCGUCCUGCACGUUGGACCCAUCCAUCAGCUGGAAAGACAUACACUGGCUGCAGUCUCUCACCCGCCUGCCCAUUAUCAUUAAAGGUAUCCUGACGAAAGAGGACGCAGAGCUGGCUGUGGAACAUGGUGUCCAAGGGAUCAUCGUAUCCAACCAUGGAGGCAGACAGCUGGAUGGGGGACCAGCGACAAUUGACUGUUUGUCUGAGAUAGUGGAUACAGUGCAAGGCCGGAUUGAGGUGUACAUGGAUGGAGGCAUUCGCACAGGCAGUGACGUGCUGAAGGCCUUGGCCCUGGGAGCCAAGUGUGUGUUUAUUGGAAGACCUGCAAUCUGGGGCCUUGCUUACAAGGGUGAAGACGGUGUGAAAGAAGUUCUGCAAAUACUACAUGAAGAGUUCCGUCUAUCCAUGGCCUUAUCCGGUUGCAGAAACGUGGCCGAGAUCAACAGGAACCUCAUUCAGGUUUCUAAACUCUGAUCUGAUCGAAUACAAGGAACUAAGGGCAAGAUCAAGAUAAGCUUCAAUUCAACUCGUUCUCUAUACGAUAUCUUUAAUGGCUCGUCUCUCAAAGGCCGACGAGCACAGAAUGGAUGUAGUCAAAUGGUUCACAUUAUACGAUAGUUUAUUCAAUCAACUGUAAAAAUAUGCAGCAAAAAUCCUUCACACUAAAAAAUUAUUUCAUAUGAUUGAAGAGGCAUUUCAUGUGUUUGCAAGUUAACGCAUGAGUGUCUUCUUAGCUAGCUAACACAAACAGCAGAUAUGACUAUUAGUUCUUUAUCAGUGACAUGAAAAUAUAUGACACCUCAGGGUCAGGUUGGUUGGUUUGGUAGCAGGAGAUCAUAAACUUUAAAGAUGAAGGGUGGGUUGCACCAAUAAGGAUUAAAGCUUUAAUCUGGAUCAAAUCAAGGUUUAUCUAAUAAUUCUGUUGCACCAAACUUUAAACCUUGUUUAAAAUACGCAGGUUUGUAUUUAAACCACCACGUUCAUCCUGGAUUUAAUUUCACAAUAAACCUGGAUUAACUAUAAUCUUGUUGCUCCAUCACUUUAAACACAGAUUAGAUUAUUUAUUUAUUUAUAUAUAUAUUUUUUUUUUCAUUUUCUCAGCCUGUUUCGGUUACGCGGAUGAGCGUUUAAUAACGGCAGUUGAUUUUCUUUUUCUUUUUUUUUCCAUUCAAAUUUUAAAGUUCACAAUCCCUUUGUAGCCACUCCGGUGGAAGUGAAAGAGUUACAUUGUUGCUGUUUAGUUACACCGGAGAAUUCGUAUAUUUCCACGUUUAUGAAAUCCACGUGCACUGUCGCAACGUCGUCGAUGACGAAUCCAUCAUGGUGGAGAAAACGAAUCGUAGAUGGAGGUUUUAAUCGCAGGUUAGAAUUCUAAUCCCUGACCUGCUAAUCUGUGUUUAAAAUGAAGUGGUGCAACACAACUCGGUUUAAAAUAAAGCCCAGAUCUACAAAUCCUAGAUUAGCUCUAAACUGUGCUUAAUUUAAUCCUUAUUGGUUCAACCCACCCUAACAGAUGAAAUGAAGGUGGCUGUUUGUGGUGGUUAUAUCUAGUUGCGCAGUAUUUUAUCAGUCCCUCCAGGAUUUUGCGAUUUUACGAUCGAUGAAAUGAACACAAAAUCAAGGUUAUUCAGCCACAUGCGCGUUCAGCCAAAGCCUCUCUUCGAUUCACAUGUGUCGAACAUGCGAGCGCUGCGAAAGACCGUGCAAAACUAUUUUGUGCAAUUACAAUUUCGCCAAUCCAAAAAAUUGCGAAAUCCUGUAAGGACUGUAUUAUGAGUAGAUGGAGAGGUCUGGUGGGGGGAAAAAAGGGUUUGGAACGUCAUUACACAGAAGGAUAAAAUGAAUGUCUUGUGACGCAGGGUUAUGCAGUACCUCAUAUUGAUUGCUGACAUUAAUUGAAUACCUGAAGCAGAAUAUCAAUAACACUGAAUAAUAAACUGUAUCGCAGA